AUGGCCAGACUGGCCAGUCCACGCAAUGUGGAAACCACCAUCAAUUACUAUCGAGAUCCCGGCGAUGGGAGUGAGCAUGCACCAAGCAUUGCGGGGAAACGAAGCACAUUCACCCAGCCAUCAGUCGAUUUUGCCACCGUUAUUCACGAUAUCACUGGGAACGAAAGCAACUUCACACUCGACAGCCAUGGCUUUCAGCUCUGUCGCCACGCUAGCCAGUUAGUGGAUUUUACUAGUGAUCAACAAAUAAAAGACGUAUAUUACCCCGAGAUCGAAAAGCUUCUAUCGCAAAUCACCGGCGCCUCACGGUUGCACAUUUUCGACCACACCAUUCGGAGACCAAAUCCCUCAGCCGCGCACUCUGAUGACGAACGCCGACCAGUGAAAAGAGCUCACAUCGACCAGUCAGAGUGGGGGGCUAUGAACCAAGUCAAACGCCACUUGGGCGAAGAAGCGUCUCGACUAUUGCAAUCACGAUUCCAGGUUAUCAACGUUUGGCGCCCUAUCAAGACAAUCUACAAAGAUCCUCUCGCGGUUUGCGACUCCCAUUCCGUGUUGGACACAGACAUCUUGCCAGUCAAGCUCAUUUACCCGGACUGGCUCGACGUGUUGAAAAGUGCUACAGCAAACUUCCGGGAAAUCAGCAUUCUCUUACUGUCUCGGCUUUCUGCCGCUUUGGGUUUGAAUGAAGAGCUUGCUUAUCAGCAAUAUCACCGUAAAAACGCCGUUUGCCCAACAGCCUUAGGUCUUCUCAAGUACACCCUCGCAGACGUUGAACCUGACAAAGUGGGCCAGAUUGCUCAUACUGAUGCUGGAAGUCUCUCAAUCGUCUUCACCGAGGUUGGUGGUCUCCAGGUGCUAAAGCCGAAUGAGGAUCAGUGGUACUACAUUGCGCCCAAGCCCGGGCAUGCAGUUGUGAAUGUUGGCGAUGCGCUUCGCUUCAUUUCUGGGGGAGUUUUGGAGUCGAGCUUGCACCGCAUAAUUCCCCAUAAGGACGAAGUCACGCGUCACAAGUAUUCUAUUGUUUACCUCUUGCGACCUGAAAUGGAUGCAGAGUUCGUUGACUCGGAAGGUGUUACUUGGAAGGGCCUCGACUGGACGAACAAGAAACAUGCCGUGUUUCGUGCAACAGCCGAGGAGCAAGCCAAGGGGACUUACUUGACUGGAAGAGAAGGAUAUGUUGGCUAUUGGGAUCCGGAGGUGGAUAAGGAGAGUGAAACUAUCAUGGUAUAG